CAGCACUGCUCCCGCCGAGGCAGAGAUCCCUGCAGUUCACUCAGCCCGCCGUGCUUUACCGAGGAGGACCGAUUCAGCCUAGAAGCUCUCCGCAUGAUCCAUAAGCAAAUGGAUGAUGACAAAGAUGGUGGUAUCGAAGUAGAUGAAAGUGAUGAGUUUCUAAGAGAAGAUAUGCAAUACAAGGAUGCCUCAAAUAAACAUAGUCACCUGCACAGAGAAGACAAGCAUAUCACCAUUGAGGAUCUGUGGAAACGCUGGAAAACAUCUGAAGUUCAUAACUGGACUCAAGAGGACACUCUUCAGUGGCUCUCAGAUUUUGUUGAAUUGCCCCAAUAUGAAAAGAAUUUUAGAGACAGCAAUGUCAAUGGAACAACACUUCCCAGGAUAGCAGUAAAUGAACAUGCUUUCAUGAUCUCCCACUUGAAAAUAAUUGACCGGAGCCAUAGACAGAAGCUUCAGCUUAAAGCCUUGGACGUUGUUUUAUUUGGACCUCUCACCCGUCCCCCUCACAACUGGAUGAAGGAUUUUAUAUUAACAGUUUCUAUAGUUAUUGGUUUUGGAGGCUGCUGGUUUGCAUAUACACAGAACAGAACCUCAAGAGAACAUAUCACAAAAAUGAUGAAGGACUUAGAAAGUCUCCAAACAGCAGAGCAAAGUCUUCUUGACUUGCAGGAAAGGCUUGAGAAGGCACAAGAAGAGAAUAGAAACGUUGCUGUUGAAAAGCAAAAUCUGGAGCGCAAAAUGAUGGAUGAGAUCAAUGAUGCAAAACGUGAAGCUCAUCGCCUAAGGGAAUUGAGAGAGGGAGCUGAAUGUGAGCUCAGCAGGCUCAAAUAUGCAGAGGAAGAGUUAGUACAGGUUCGUAUGGCUUUGAAAAAGGCUGAGAAGGAGUUUGAGUUGAGAAGUAAUUGGUCUGUUCCUGAAGCUUUGCAGAAGUGGCUUCAGUUAACACAUGAAGUCGAAGUACAAUAUUACAAUAUCAAAAGACAGCAUGCAGAAAUGCAAUUAGCAAUUGCUAAAGAUGAGGCAGAAAAGAUAAAAAAGAAGAGAAGCACUGUAUUUGGAACAUUACAUGUUGCACACAGCUCCUCCCUGGAUGAAGUGGACCAUAAAAUUCUUGAAGCAAAGAAAGCACUCUCUGAGUUGACGACGUGUUUGCGAGAGCGUCUUUAUCGAUGGCAACAGAUUGAGAAGAUUUGCGGGUUUCAAAUCGCACACAAUUCUGGGCUACCAAGCUUGACCUCCUCUCUCUACUCUGAUCACAGCUGGGUAGUUAUGCCUCGAGUUUCCAUUCCUCCCUACCCAAUUGCAGGGGGAGUUGAUGACUUAGAUGAAGACACUCCUCCAAUAGUGUCACAGUUUCAUGGGUCCAUUGUAAAACCUUCCAGCACACUGGCAAGAAGCAGUAGCUUGUGUAGAUCAAGACGCAGUGUUGUGCCAUCAUCUCCACAGUCUCAGCACGCUUUGCAGUCCCCUGACCCUGACAUCCUUUCUGUGUCGAGCUGCCCAGCUCUCUAUCGAACUGAAGAGGAGGAAGAAGCCAUUUACUUCUCUGCUGAUAAACAAUGGGAAGUACAGGAAACAGGUUCGGAAUGUGACUCCCUAAAUUCAUCCAUUGGAAGAAAACAGUCUCCUCCAGCAAGUCUUGAGAUGUACCAGACAAUUUCUCCUCAGAAAGUAUCACCAGAAGAAUUCUUACUUGAGGAAUCAUCUAUGGGAGACUCCUCUUCUCUAACUGCAGAUAUUUCUAGGGGCUCUCCUGACUGUGUAGGCAUGGCAGAAACUAAGAGCAUGAUCUUUAGUCCUGCAAGCAAAGUUUAUAAUGGAAUCCUGGAGAAAUCUUGCAGCAUGAACCAGCUUUCAACUGGGAUCCCAGUCCCAAAGCCUCGUCACACCUCAUGUUCUUCAACCGGCAGUGAUAGUAAACCCAGCCAUGAAGCUGCUUCUGUCCCUAGGAUAAGCAGCAUCCCACAGGACCUCUACCAGAAUGGUGAAAAAAAUAAAAAGCCAUCAAAAAUAAAAAACCUCUUUAAGAAGAAGUGUAAAUGAGGUGGGCAGAAGAAUCUAUAGUAAUAUUAUAAGAACUCUUAUUUUUUAAAUCUUUAGGAAUGUAAUUCCAUUUGAGCAUUCCAGACUGGAUGCCCUAAUGGAAUACUCUGUAGGUCACCUAUAUUUAAUGACUGUACUGUCAACGGUUGUGCCAGCUGUCAAUGAGAAAUCAUUAAAAAGUUCAGACAGUUUACAUUAAUUUCUGCCUAUUUAUUUCUUUAUUUUUUUAGUUUUUCUUUUUCAGCCUUUUUUUUUUUUUUUUUAAUUGAUUUGUUGGGCUUUUUUAAGUUUAUUCAUAAACCAUUUUUAAGCCACUUUGGACUCCUAAGCUUUAAUGGACUAGUAAGCCUUCUUGGGCUUGCCAAAGUUUCUUGUUUACUGGAGCAUCUUCCUAUCUUUCCAUAGAAAUAGGACAUUUAUCUACUGGACUUUAACAAAAAUAAAAGAAGUAGAACUAAAUGAGUUGCACUACUGUUUUACAGACUGGAACAGUCUCUGCAAGUGAAACGGAAAGACUUGUAUUUGACUGAGAAGAUGAAUCUUUUCACUUUUAGAUCUUUUGGGGUUUUUAAGUAGAAUUUAGCAUUUCUAAUUGACUUGAUUUCUGGAAAUGGAAAUGUCAUGCUUUUAUUAUGGGAAGCUUUGUUAGAUGCAUUUAUUAUUAGAAUGGUUCAAGUCCUGCUGUAAAGAUCAUUUUUUUCCCAGGACUUUCACUGUGAUUUUAAUUCACUGCAGGCUGUAUGACAAACAAAAAAAAGAAAAAAAUGGAAGAAAAAAAAAAAAAGAAAAAAAAAGUAAAUUACCAAGAGAACAGGCUCUUGAUUCCUUAUGCAAGAUGGUUGUGAAACUUGACUGAAGACUGAAAAAAUUCACCCUCUCAAAAUGAGGAGGGGGAAUAGUAGCUUUUGUUUACAGAUUGACAGACAAUGGACAUUUGGGUUGCGAAAGUUUGUACUGUGGUAAAGAUAAUAAAUUGGAAACAUUAUUGUGCUUGGGAAUGUUCCAAUUUUAGCUGAUGCUUGUUUCAGACAUGUUUCAGAGGUCCUGUUAAUUGGAAGCUGUUGUAGGCUACAUUGCUUAUGCUUACUGCUGUGUAUAAGUUAUUAUAUUUUUUGAAUUAGC